AUGUUCAUCAAGACAGUCAUCACCCUCCUGUCCCUGGCCGCCCUCGGAGGAGCGACUGAUCCUCCCCAUGACGAAAAGCACUGCGAGAAGGAAGACAUCUUCCCCGACUUUGAAAACUAUGAAAAAUGGGCUAUCUGCAAGGAGCAAAUCACCACAAAGCGCUUCCCAACCCUCUAA